UGCCGAUGCAGUCUGGAAGAAAUAAGCGGAGAGGAUUCCUCAUCUACCAAAGUCUAAGCCACUAACCACCCUGGGUAUCUAUUUUUUAAUUGCUUGCUAACAAUCACAAGUUUUAUUAUCGCAAUGGCUAUCGGAAAGCUGAUCGUUGUAUGUCUCUCCGGUGGAAAGUUCACCACCAAUGCUGAUGCCACGCUUUCCUACUCCGGCGGAGAUGCCCACGCAACCAGCGUCACCCUUGACACCAAAUUUGAUGAUUUCAAGUCUGAAGUUGCUGAUAUGUGGAAGUAUGACCCCCAUUCUCUCACCAUUAAGUACUUCCUCCCCAAUAACAAGCGCACCCUUAUCACCAUUUCCACUGACAAAGACGUACGGCGCUUCAUUGAAUUCCAUGAAGACUCUGCUUCUGCUGAUGUUUAUGUCAUCACGCCCAUGCCUCCUGCUCCCAGUGAUGCUGUCUCCAUGCCUUGUAGCAGGUCUAGUCAUACAAUGCCCAAUGGACCUGUUUCUCCAGUUGAUGCUCCUACUGAUUUUGCCGCUGAUGAACCUGUUUCUCCUGCUGAUGCUCCUAUGUAUUUUCUUCCUGAUGAAGAAGACAGUGAACAGCAAAAAACACCUGGCAUUUCAUCAUGGAAGAAUUGUAUUACAGGAAUAGGUCAGACAUUUAAUACUCGACGUGAACUUCAUGACGCAUUGGACAAAUUUUCUUUAGCAUACGGUUUUCUCUAUACUCUUAAAAACAGUGAUGGAAGGCGUUUCUGUGCAAGGUGUAAAGCAGAAGGGUGUCCUUGGUUCUUUAUUGCACCAAAAGUGUCCACCACAAAGUUGUUCAGGAUUAAAAAGAUGAAUGACACCCACACCUGUGGUGUGGGUUCAAAAAGGACACAUGCCUCAAGGAAAUUGGUUGCAAGUAUUGUAAAGGAAAAGUUGCGAGAUACCCCUACUUACAAACCACAAGAAAUCAUUGAUGAUAUCAAACGGGAUUUGGGGAUUGAACUAAAUUAUGCACAGGCUUACGGGGGAAUAGCAGCUGCACUAGAGGAACUUCAAGGUUCACAUAGAAAGGCAUAUAAUCAGUUGCCUUUGCUGUGUGAGAAAAUAAUGGAAACAAAUCCUGGUAGUGCUGCCAUUCUUAACACCAAAGAAGACUCAAGCUUUCACUGUAUAUUUGUUGCUUUCCAUGCAUCGGUUCAUGGAUUCCAAAAUGGUUGCCGCCAACUACUUUUUCUUGAUUGUGUGCCUUUGAAAUCAAAAUACAGGGGAGAACUGUUUGCUGCCACUGCUUUGGAUGGGAAUGAUGGCAUUUUUCUUUUAGCUUUUGCAAUAGUAGAUGUACUGAGCAAUGAUAAUUGGCACUGGUUUUUGGAGCAGCUGAAGACUGUGCUGUGUACAUCUCUUGAGAUAACAUUUGUGGCAGAUAUGACGAAGGAGAUGAGUGAAUCCCUUAGCUCAAUAUUUCCAAAUUGUUUCCAUAGUUAUUGCCUGCAUCAGCUAACAGAAAGCCUGAAAAACAAGUUUAAGGGAUCAUUUACACAAGAGGUAGUUCGUGUGCUAAUUUCUGAAUUUCAUGGUGCCACCUAUGCACCAACUGCUGAAGGGUUCAAAAAGUGCAUUGAGACUAUUAAAAAUAUAUCACCUGAGGCUUACGAAUGGGUCCUGCAAACUGAACCUGAGCACUGGGCAAAUGCAUUUUUUAAGGGUGCAAGGUACAAUCAUCUUAAAUCUAGUGUCGCAGAGUCAUUUUAUGAAUGGGUUUCAGAUUUACCUGCAAUGCCAAUAACACAAGUGAUUGAAACAAUACGCCGUAAAAUGAUGGAAUUCAUCUACACAUGCAAGAUAGAUUCGGAUCAAUGGUCAUCAAAGCUCACUCCAUCUGCAGAGGAAAACCUCCAAAGAUGUCUUGUCAAUUCACGCUCUCUAGAAGUAUUACUUUCACCUGAUAGUUCUUUCAAGGUUUGCGAUAAAUUGGGUGUAAUAAAUGUUGUCAGCCUUGAUAACUGGGAUUGUAGUUGUAGGGAAUGGCAGAUAAAGGGCUUACCAUGUUCACAUGCUGCUGCAGCAAUUGAACACAUUGGCAAGAAUGUGCAUGAUUAUUGCUGUAGAUAUUUUACAACUGAGGCUUUUAGAGUUACAUAUUCAGAGUCUAUAAACCCAAUUCCAGCUUUGGACAGGUCCAUGCAAAGAGAAUCCUCGCCAGUGCACGUGCAUCCUCCUUGCAUACCCCGUCCGGUCGGUCGGCCCAAGGAAAGAAAGCAUGCAUUUACAUCCAAGCAAGCUGUUAAGAGAACACUCCAGUGCAGCAAGUGCAAAAAGCUUGGGCACAACAAAAGGAAAUGCAAGCUAUCUGUUUAACACUGCUCUGUUGGUGUGCCUGGUAAAAACGUUGUAGUUAUUAUUGUAUUUAGGUUGGUUGAAAGAAAUCUAGUGAUGAGUAAGAGCUGGGAGAGACGUACUGAUGUAUUGGAAUUUCGUAUGUAGAUUAGUCUGGAUGUUACAAACUGGGUGGUUGUGGUAGGAAGCUGUUUGAUGUUAGGUUUCCAUUUAUACUAACAGGAAAGAAAAAGUAUGGCUUCAUUGUUUUUCUAUAGAAUGCCAAGUCAUUUGAUCAGCUUAUAAACGAGCGGUCAUUCCUGAAUAUGGUUGAACAUGUUAUCUCAGUGAGCAUCAGACAGCUUAUGAAUAACUUGUUGCUCAUCAGUAGCCAACAGAUCAUCUGGUGAAUUCAUAUGUUAUUCAUGCGUCCUGCCUGUAAUCACUCUGUAGACAAGGCCCUGGCCCCUGGAUCAAUUCAUAAUGAAACAAAACCACCCACAUCUUGUAUUG